CUUGCAUUUCAUUUCUCUUCUGUUUCUCUCUCACUGUCCAGAAGGCAUUUUCCAGAAAUCCUUGCAGCUCAUUGUACAGCAAUAUAUAUAAUACUUCCAACUCCUCAAAUUUCCAUAAAUUCUUUCUCUUUCUUUCCAACAAUAUAUAAACAUAUAAACAAAACAUACACUUUUCAUUCCCAUCUGCGCCUUAACUACUUUUACAUGUUCUCUCUUUCUUACUACUGUAAUAUUUGAAAAAAAGUUGAACCACUCACCAUUUCUUUGUAUAUAUAUAUCUAUAUCUAUAUAUAUAUACAUACUUGGUUUUCUUUUAGAUUUAUUUAUUUGGGAUAUUCAAUCCAUUUCUAAAGGGAUCUAUACUUGUUGAAACUUUAAUUUUUUUUUUGGGUGUUUGGGUUAUAAUUUUCUUUAUCUGAUUCAUAUUAUACAGAAAGGAGGAAUUUUUAUUGAUAUAUUGAGACAAAUGAGAGCUGGGUUGAGUACGAUCCAACAGACGUUGACGCCGGAGGCGGCCAGUGUGUUGAACCAUUCUAUAGCAGACGCGGGUCGCCGGAACCACGGCCAAACGACGCCGCUUCAUGUAGCGGCGACCCUUUUGGCGUCCCCAUCUGGGUUCUUAAGACAAGCGUGUAUAAAGUCUCAUCCCAAUUCGUCUCAUCCGCUUCAGUGCCGUGCUUUAGAGCUUUGUUUCAGCGUGGCCUUGGAGCGUCUUCCAACCGCGCAGAACAUGAGCCCCGGCCUCGAACCGCCAAUUUCCAAUGCUUUAAUGGCCGCUCUUAAGCGCUCACAAGCACAUCAACGCCGUGGAUGUCCCGAGCAACAGCAGCAGCCGCUUUUAGCGGUGAAAGUUGAGCUUGAACAGCUUAUAAUUUCCAUUCUUGAUGACCCGAGUGUGAGUAGAGUGAUGCGUGAAGCUAGCUUUUCAAGUCCGGCGGUUAAGGCCACUAUUGAGCAAUCUUUAAAUUCAACACCUUGUUCGGUUUCAGUUUCGAAUUCGAGCCCAAUUGGUUUGGGAUUUAGGCCUAAUCUUAAUAGGAAUUUGUAUGUCAAUCCGCGGUUGCAGCAAGGAACCGGAGGAGGAGUACAAUCCGGGCAGCAAAGAGGGGAAGAAGUGAAGAGAGUAAUGGACAUAUUUCUGAGAAGUAAGAAAAAGAAUCCGGUUUUGGUGGGUGAAUCGGAGCCGGAGAUGAUUGUAAAAGAAUUGUUGAUAAAGAUUGAAAGUAAAAAAUUAGAUGGGGUUUUGAAGAAUGUUGAGGUGAUUCGGUUGGGGAAAGAUUUUAGUUUUGAGAAGGGUGAGAUUGUGGCGAAGCUGAGAGAAUUGAGUGGGAUAAUUGAGAGCAAGAUGAUUGGGAAUGGAGGGGUGAUGGUUGAUUUGGGUGACUUGAAAUGGUUGGUGGAGCAACAGCUGAGUUUGGGGGUGUCGAAUUCAGGGACUGUGCAGCACCAGCAAGUGGUGGCGGAGGCUGUGGCGGAGAUGGGGAAGAUUCUGGUAAGAUUUGGUGGUGGUGGUGGAGGAGGGAGGUUGUGGUUGAUUGGGACAGCUACAUGUGAAACAUAUUUGAGGUGUCAAGUUUAUCAUCCUUCAAUGGAAAGUGAUUGGGAUCUGCAAGCUGUUCCUAUUGCUGCCAAAGCUCUUCCAGGGAUGUUCCCCAGGAUUGGGAGCAACGGGAAUGGAAUUCUGAGCAGUUCUGUUGAGUCUUUGGCCCCAUUGAAGGGCUUUCCAACUGCUCCAACGAGGCGGGUUUCUGAGAACAUGGAUCCUUUUAGGAGAAUGUUCUGUUGCCCACAAUGUAUGCAGAAUUAUGAACAAGAAGUCACAAAAUUAGCCAAGGAGUUUGAAAAGUCUUCAUCAGAAGUGGCAAGGCCAUCUCUGCCACAGUGGUUGCAUAAUGCUAAAGUUCAUGAUGAUGCUAAAACAGUAGAUCAGAUACUGACUAAAGAUCAGGAUUUGAUCUGGAAGCAAAAAAGCCAGGAACUGCAGAAGAAAUGGAAUGAUACAUGCUUGCAUAUACAUCCUAAUUUCCAUCAGCCAGGUUUUGGUACUGAGAGAAUUGUGCCAUCACCACCUAUCUCAAUGACGGGCUUAUGCAAUCCAAACCUGCUUGCACGCCAACCUUUCCAACCAAAGUUACAACCGAAUAGGAAUAUCAGGGACACACUACAAUUGAGCACAAAUCCUGUCACCAGCCAGCCAUCAGACUCUGAAGUUUCUCCUCCAGUUAGCCCUGUGAGGACAGAGCUUGUUCUUGGUCGAUCAAAGGGAACAAUGCCUGAGAAAAACCAAAAAGAACGCAUUAAUGACUUCUUAGGUUGCAUAUCUUUUGAACCACAGAAUAAUUUCCAUGAAUUGCAGAGUGACAAACUUCUAAACACGUCAGAUGCUGACUCGUUCAAGAGGCUUGUCAAAGGUCUAAUGGAGAAAGUAUGGUGGCAACAUGAAGCAGCAACUGCCGUUGCUACCACUGUCACUCAAUGUAAAUUGGGAAAUGGGAAGCGCAGAGGUGCUGGAUCAAAGGGAGACAUGUGGCUAUUGUUUACUGGUCCUGACAGAGUUGGCAAGAAGAACAUGGCAUCCGCGCUAUCAGAGCUGGUAUGUGGUGCCAGUCCGAUAAUGAUCUCUCUUGGCUCAAGGCGUGAUGAUGGAGACUCUGAUGUUAGUUUCCGUGGUAAAACAACUUUAGAUAGAAUAGGGGAGGCAGUGAAAAGACACCCGUUUUCUGUAAUCGUGCUUGAAGACAUUGAUGAAGCGGAAAUGCUUCUUCGAGGAAGUAUAAAACAGGCAAUGGAGAGGGGCAGACUCAUUGAUUCCCAUGGCCGUGAGAUCAAUCUGGGGAAGGUUAUCUUCAUUCUCACUGCCAAUUGGUUGCCAGACUCUCUCAAAUUCUUGUCCCAUGGCAUUACCCUCAACGAGAAGAAGCUGGCCAGUUUAGCAUGUGGAGGUUGGCAAUUAAGGCUCUCUCUUUGGGACAAAACAGCAAAACGCCGACCCAGUUGGCUUCACAAUGAAGAAAGGUCAACAAAACCAAGAAAGGAAACUGUUUCUGGACUAUCAUUUGACCUGAACCGGACUGCCGAUGAUGGAGAUGAUAAAGCAGAUGGAUCACACAAUUCAAGCGACCUCACAAUUGAUCAUGAAGAAGAACAUGGCUUUGUUAACAGACUGUUAUUAUCACCCUCAACCUCACCAGCCUCUCAUGACCUGCUUAACUCAGUAGACGGCACCAUUGUCUUCAAGCCGGUGGAUUUCAGCCCCAUUAAACGUGACAUUGCAAAUUCAAUCACAAAGAAGUUCUCCACCAUCAUCAGCAAUGGUCUUUCACUCGAAAUCCCCAAUGAAGCCCUUGAGAAAAUCGUAGGUGGUGUAUGGCUUGGCAGAACAGGUUUAGAAGACUGGUUAGAUAAAGUCUUGACCCCUAGCCUUCACCAGCUCAAAUCUAGGUUACCCACCAAUGCCAGUGUGACAACAGAUGAAUCAAUGGUUGUUCGGCUUGAAACCGAUGAUGACUCGGGUAUCCGAAGCAUUGGAGAUUUGCUUCCUAGUAGUGUCAAGGUGGCGGUUGAGGGGUUGUGAUGGUGUUGAAAGGGAUGUUUUGGGUAGAGAUUGUAAAUAUGGCCAACUGUUUUUGGCGGGGAGUGAUAAACAGUUGGGGGGUAAAGAGUAAAAAACAGAUAGAAGAGGGAGACAUUGUGAAUUAACGGUACCUUUAGGAGCCAGUUAAGUAAUGUCUCAACUUUUUUUAAAAAAUAUUAUUAUUAUUUCAUUUCUUUAUAUUAAAAAAAUCAGAGUCUUUUAUCAUAUGUCUCAUAAUUUUCUUAGUGAUUAAUGAUUGUAACUGUUUACCUUA